AUGUCAUUUAAGAAGCAUGAUCGUCAGUAUGAUAUUGUCGUGCUUGGAGCGACAGGGUACUCUGGCCUCUUGACAGCCGAACACAUUGCGGUCAAUCUUCCAUCGAGCCUGAAAUGGGCGGUAGCUGGUCGGUCGUCAGAUAAGCUGCAAAAAGUUGUCUCUCGAUGCAAGGAACUUAAUUCACAUCGUAUCCAACCCGCAAUUGAAACCUAUCACCUCAACCACGAAGAAGUCGCCCAACUGGCAAAAAGGGCAUUCUGUCUCAUCACAACCGUCGGUCCCUACGCGCUCCAUGGAGAAUAUGCAUUCAAAGCCUGCGCUGAAGCAGGUACACAUUACAUUGAUUGCACGCCCGAAGUUCCAUGGACGCUGGAAAUGAUUAAGAAGUAUGAAGCUACGGCCAAGGAAUCUGGUGCAUGUAUGAUACCUCAGUGCGCCAUGGAAUCAGCACCGUCAGACAUUCUCACUUGGGUGGUUGCAGAGGAGAUUAGGUCAAAAUUUUCAUCUCAGGUUGGAGAUGUCGUGAUGGAUCUUUAUCGGUUGACAUCAAUCCCAUCCGGUGGGACACUAGCCACGAUCCUGAACCUCUUUGGCCAUUAUCCACUCAAAGCACUUCGCCAGUCGAUCGAACCAUAUGCAUUAUCACCUGUACCAAACAGUAAUGCACGCCCUAAACGAUCCCGUCUGUCCUCACUCACCGGCGUAUACAAAAUCCCAGGCCUCGGACUGCUAUCAACCAGCAUAUCCGGUAAAGCGAACGAGGCCAUCGUCUUUCGCACUUGGGGAUUAUUCAAGCAAGAGCCUGGUUUACAAAAGGAGUUCUAUGGGCCCAAAUUUACCUACCGCGAAUUCAUGUAUGCGCCUGGCUUCGUACGGGGUAUGCUGACGCACUAUUUCAUUGUAAUGGGGGGCUAUCUCCUGUUGCUAGCGCCCAUUCGGUCAUUGAUUAGACAAUUUGUCUUCAAACCGGGAGAUGGACCGGAUAUCCAAAAGGCGAAGGAGGAAGUUAUCGAAUUACGAGCGGUUAGUAAGCCUGAUUCUGAAGCUGAAAAAGACGAGCAAGUUAUGGGGAAGCUUUUAUAUAAGGGGAGUAUGUACUAUUUAACAGCUACAUUCCUCGCAGAAGCAGCCGCUACAGUGCUGGAAGAAGACGAUUCUUCAAGGUUGACAGGGGGCAUCUAUACUCCUGCAUGUCUUGGACAGAGAUACGUUAACCGCCUGAAAGCAGUUGGCGUUCAGAUCAGCACGGAAGUACAAAAAUUGUAA